AAAAUCAAUUUUUGUUUUCAUUUUUCUGCAACUAUGCAUCGUUCACAUCCGAGUACCACGCGACGGAAGCAUUUGAUUAAGGAAAUGAUGGAGGAUGACUAUGAACUUCCGACAGAGCAGCAGCAGAUCGUGCGCGUCGUCAGAAGCUGCGGGAACAAUCUCCACGAGGUGGAAACUGCGACGCCAGAGUCGGAGAACUUUCUGGUGUCCAUGCCCAACAAAUAUCGCAAGAACAUGUGGGUCAAGCGCGGUGACUUCCUUUUGGUGGAACCCAUCGAGGAGGGCGACAAAGUCAAGGCGGAAAUAUCCAAAAUCCUCACCAACGACCAUGUCAAGGAGUACACCAAGGCAGGCAUAUGGCCGGAACGAUUUGCCAAGAAUCCGCCGCAGGACGCCAAAGCACAGAACGAUGAUGAGGACUCCGACUUUGAAGAUGAUCUAACGCCCAACACGAAUCGUCCCGUACAGGAAUCCGAUGAAGAGGACGAGGACACUGAUACGGAGAGCAGCGAUGAGGAAGACUGACACGAGUUCAUGAGUGCAUUGUGGAAGUGCAUUACAAAAUUUUAGCUUUGUAUAUUUCUCUUAUUCUUUUUCUUACUUUCUGCCCAUCUUUCAAAAUGUAGCAAAAAAUAGAUGGUCACUAUGAAUUAAGUGUUGUUCUUGUGGCUGCUGCUAAACAAAGUGUUUUAACUGAAUUGAAAAUUGUUGCAAAAGCUACAUAAAAGCAGAGGCGAUUAAUUAAU